GGGAAAUUGGUUUCCUUGGAAGAUGUUCCUCUCUUUCCAUUUGACAACCACAACAAGGCAAAUCCACUCGUAUUUGUAAUAGGUAUGUUCUUUUUUACUGAUUUGAUUUUGGUAUUGGCCCUGAAACAUCUAGCCAGAAUUAUAUAAAUGGCCCUGAUUUCCUGCUCCUUUUGAGCUUUCUUCUCUUCCAGAGGUAUCCUGGAAUAACACAACACAACACAACACAAUGAGACUGCCAUUUCGUUUACUUUUUGCUGCUUUUUUGCUCAGUCUCCUAGCAAUUUCUCACUCUUUGGUUGUUGUCGACUCAACUUUGGCUUCGGCCUGUAUCUACUAUCUCAAGACCUAUGAUUGGGGUUGUGGCUCUCAUGGCAAUGGCAUGAGUGCCUACAAGUGUCGUUGUGCUAAUGUCAACUGGUUAGGCUCUGUCGCAAAUUGCAUCUACUCAGAAUCAAAUUCAACUGCAGCCAUUGACCAUGCUUUGACCCAUGUUGCUACUCGUUGCAAACAGAAAGCUGGCUAUGAUUACUCCUUGGACGAUAUGAAGUCCUUUUAUCUAAACGCUACGCUUUUUCUUAGAGACCCAAUUGAAGCAAUUGACACUUUCAAUUUGGUUACUGAUCCAGUCAACGUCAACCAGUCUGAAUUUGAUUUCUACGAUCAAAGUUUCAAAGACUUUAGCUUUUCUGUUCAAAGAUCCCAGUGGUUUGGCUGGGGUUUAGUCUUCUACUGGGCUGCUGUUUUAGCUGUAUCUUCUUUAUUCAAUUUAAACAAAAGAUAUUUAAACAUCAAGUUUUUAAACUCAAACUAUUUGAAAAAAUUUCUUAUACUACCUCUAAUUGUCAACAAAAACAAUUCAAAUUCCUUUCUCUUUACAAAAGUAUUGAGAAAUGCAAAGAUUCCCUCCAUUGUAAAUUUUUGUAUUCUAUUUGUUUUCGCAAUCCAAGUGAUCAUCUCCUGUUGUGUUGGUUAUGACUUGCAAUUACCAAAUGCUUUCAUUAAUGACAGAUGGCACAUGAAUAUGACUUUAAUUAGUUACAGAACUGAUUUAAUGUCAAUUUCUCUAUUUCCUUUAAUUUUCUUUUUUGGUAUUAGAAACAAUCCUUUCAUUCCUCUAACUGGUCUAUCCUUUUCAACUUUUAAUUUGUACCAUAAAUUCAUUGCUUACAUCAUGGUGAUUCUAGCAUUUAUUCACGCAAUUAUUUGGACCGUUUAUAGCGUUAGAAAUGGCGGUUAUCAAGCCUGGUUUUCUGACACCUAUUUCCAAUAUGGUGUUGCUGCAAUGAUUAUUAGUUCCAUCUUACUAUUCCAAAGUUUGAGAUACUUUAAAGAUCACAUUUAUGAAAUCUUUUUGUUGUUACAUAAAAUUUUAAAUGUCUUUUUCAUUGUCGUAAUGUAUUUUCAUAUCAAUACGCUAGGAUGGUUGGGAUGGAUUUGGUCGAUGGUGGCCAUUUGGUGUUUUGAUAGGUUUGUUCGAAUCGUUAAAAUUUGUUUAUCUGGUGGAAUUCAAACAGUUGAUUUGUAUAGAUUUGAUGAUAAUGUUAUUAAAAUGUCAAUUAAAAAACCCAAGUUCUUCAAAUACUACCAAGGUUCAUACAGCUAUAUCUAUUUUCUUUCAAACUCAUAUUGGUUCUAUUCUUUUCAAUCCCAUCCAUUUUCACUAGUUUCGUCUCCAAUUGAAGACAAGGGUAAUUUGAUCAUCUACUUUAAAGCUAAAAAUGGUAUAACCAAAUCCAUUUUGAAAUUACUCAACGACUUGAAAGCAAACGAACCAUUGAAAUUGAAAAUCAUUAUUGAAGGACCAUAUGGCAAUUCAACUGGUAUCAGAAAAAAGGCAAUUGAGAAUAAAAAAUUCGUUGGAAUUGUUGGUGGUUUGGGCGUUACUGCAGUUUAUCCGUCAUUUGUUGAGGUUUUGAAAAAUAGAGAUUCAAAUUCAUUAGAAGAUAAAUUCAAUGAAAAAUCUCUUCAUAGCAACAACAACAACAACAACAACAACAAUUCAACAGAUACUUCAACAGUUAGUUCAAGCAAAAAUGAUGAUAUUAAUACUUAUAAUCAUGACGAUUAUUACGAUAAUUCAUAUACAGACAAGUUCUAUUGGAUAAUCAAUGAUUUAAAUAACUUGAACUGGUUCCAUAAAGAUUUAGACUGGUUGGUAUCCAAAAACUGUUUUGUUAAUGUUAUAUACACUGGAAGUAAAGAUAUAAAAUUCGAAGAAUUGGUCAAUAUUCCAACUAACGAAAUUCAUUACAAAAUCACUAGAAAAUAUUCUCGUCCAGAUUUGAAUGAAAUUGUCGAGAAAAAUAUUUUUGAAUCUGUUGAAGAUAACAAGGAAAUUUCAAUUCUUGCAUGUGGACCAGAACCAUUUAAUAAUUCAGUGAGAUAUUCGAUUAAGAAUAAUAUUACACCUGAAGUUAGUGUAAAAGUCAACUAUCAUGAAGAGAAUUUCGGUUGGUAGAUAAUCAUAGAAUUAAUAGAUUCUUAUUAGAUUCUUACAUCACUAUUGUAUUUUGUUUUUGAUUUUAUUCAAUUUUUAGCAUUUAGUCAGCCUUUUAGUUAGCUUUUUUUUUUCCUGUGUUUUUAGCGAUAUAGAAAUUGAUAAAUAUUUCAACUUUAAAGUAUUAACUGUACUCCACCAAGUAAUUGCAAAUGAUUUCUUUCUUGUUGGAGAUUUAGUUCUGCA